AUGUCCACGUCUAACCCUCCAAUGCCAAAACAAGACUCAUUAGUUGAACGACUGGAGGAGUUUUCUUCAGGCUUCAGUGCACUAUAUUGCGCGCUCGCUUUUGAUCUUUCUCAAAUAGAGUGCCAGUCAAGUAGGGAAACGCGUUCCCAGUCAAAAACGCCAACGGAAACCCAGUCGACCGAGCAAAUAGCUAAGCAGCGCGAGAAAUCGGCUUACAACAUACUGAGGGCAGUCUUCCAAGACUUGGAUAGUUUAAAGGUUCAGUUGGAAGCAAUAACGAACGAUGUCGAAGCUCGAGAUACCAUCAACGAACAAGUCAUAAAAGAAGCAACGAGCGGUCUACAGAUGGGCACCCUAUCAGAUACUGGCGAGGUCGCAGCCACUACACCAAUCGGAAGCCCUGAGCAAGAGACGUCGUCCCAAUCUCAGGCAAGCGGAGCCCCGUCGCCGACAUCAGACGACCAGCCGACCAUGGGAUCAGAGGAUGUGGCCGUCCAACCAGAAGGCGUUGGUGAAGCCGUGGAUACACAAGUCCAGCCCGAAGCCUCUACAGAUAUGUCGGAGGGCCAACAAGCCGUCGAAUCAGAGGACGUGAUCAUGGGCGAGAGUGAAAGUGCUGACGGGUCACCAUCACAUUCACUCGAGGGCAACGAUGACGACACGGCCCAUCACACAACCCCAGAGCCAACUACACCAAGACUAAGUCAAUGGGUUAGCCUGAAUACGAGACCCUGGAGCUCGUCCACGGGCAGCGGCAAGGCUGUGAGCGAAUCGCUUGCUUCUGCUGUGGACAGUUCACCAGCUGGCUCUGUUACGACUCACAUCACUUGGCCAGACAGCUCCACUGGUGCUUGUGAGCAAGAUACUCCUAUGUCGGGCGCUGAGGGUACAGAUGAUGACCAGUCACGAUACUGCCCGGCUGGAGGCCUUAACGCAACACGAGCUGAGACGGAUAUCAUCCAACCGCCGCAGAGUCCUGCAGCCAACGAGACCACCAACUUGGCAGAUUCUGUGGUCGAUAUUGAGGCUUAUUCUACCCCUCGGACGCCGCAGGGCCAUGCAACCAACGACGAGGCUAAUUCUCCUGGUUCCAGCCAAUCAUCAGCAGCAGAGGACAACGACGUCCAAGGAGAUGCUGACCAACGGGAUACUGGACCUCGAAGCAGAUUACCAACUCUAUCGCUGGCCGAUAUGGCAAGGCUUCCUUCCAAGAUUCAGGAAUUAGAAGCCCAAGGCUGUGCACAACAUAUCUCGGUUCCUCAUGUUGAUGUUGAAUUGGAAGAUGUGAAAAAAUGUAUUGACAAGGGAGAUUGGAGAUGUACAACCUGCGAAUACAAAGUGGACCGGAAAGGCGAGGGAUACGUGUCGAUCUAUGCAGACGUGCCGAAGGACCAACCUUUGAUUGAUUGGCCAGGCUUCAGUGCACAGUUCAAUCGGCCGACGACUGAUGAAGCCAAGGCUGUAUUUGAAAAUACCGUCCAGAAUCCACCAGAAGGGAAAAUUCCUUACUACAUCGGACAUGCAGACAUUCUCUCUGAGCAGCCAUUAGAUCCUGGGCCCCUUAUUACUGGGAACCCUGAUUUCAUUGACAUACACACCAACUAUCAGCACAUUGGUGGCCAUCGCUCAGGAAAUCGUAUUCACUGGGAAGACUUUACUCAUCUAGAUGAAACCGACGAGGGACCAGUAUGGCGCGGCCUGCGAUCCUUUAACCAGGUUUACUUUGGGACUGGAUACAAACUGUGGUUAGUGAUUGCAAAACAUCACAUAAUCAAGUUUGAUGCAUUCGUCAGAACAACGUGGCAAUGCAGAGAAUGCAUAGGCGGGAUUUCGCACAAAUGUCUCUUGCUUGCCCCCUCGAGUCUUGAGAAGGCAGGCAUUGACUUUCACAUCUACGUUGUUGGACGUGGAGAGGCUGUCUGGACUUUGCCUGGGCAGCAACAUAGCAUCAUCAAUGUCGGCCAUUGCGCUGCCCGGUCAAUGAAUUUUCUAUACCCUGGCGAAUCGAUUGAUUUCAAGAAGCUUGCUCACUGUCUGGAUUGCGAUCAGCAUCCCCUCAGCAUCCAAUAUGGCAUCCCAUUAGUGUCAACAGAGCCCGACCGGAAGCGCAAACAACAAGCGCAUUCCCACUUACCUUUGAAGAAGACACGCAACGAGACUGCUCCCCAACGAGAGCUCGUUAAAAUCAAGGAAGCGCUACAAGCAGCAAACCUAACUUAUCGGCCGAUAGCGAUCGACCACGAAAAUCCAUCCGUCGCAGAAGUCAACGUCUAUAAGCUAGCGGCUGCAGUACGAAGCACACUCGCCAUAGAGCAGUUUAUUGAAGUUGUGCGGCAAUGCAGGGACCCGGAAAUCAAGACUCAACUUAUCCAAGCGCGAAGUUCCUUGGAAGGAGCUGUCGAAUUAAUGAAAGCUGCAGACGAUCACACAAUGGCCCCAAAACUUCGCGUUCGGCUUGGUCAAUUGAAUCUUAGUCAACAAGCUGAAAAGGAAAAACCGGGCUAUCGGAAAAACCACAAGGGCGGCUUUCUCGACGAAUUUGCAGCCAAGCAUGGAUUAAUAAGGACUCGACUGAAACACCAUCUUCAAGAAGGAAAGAAGUGGACAUCGGUAUGCACGUUGCACGAUGGACUACUGCCUUUUAUUUUCUUGAAAUCAGAAAAGGCUCUUGGAAUUACUAAAGAGGACUGGGUAACAGCCACUCCCGAGGAAAACAAUAAAGCAUUCCACAAACUCCUUGAUGAUAAUUAUACAAAGAACCUCUGUAUAGCAGGAAAGGCACUUGAAAGAUUGCUUUUUGGAGAGUCGGUCAAAUUUCUUUGGGAGAAGAAUGGCUUGGACCCAGAUGCGCAUAACAUCGAUGAGUUGCUUAAGGAAUACGAAAUGGAAGAGGCGAGCGCUGCCCCAACUGACCAUGGUGCACGCGGGGCAAUGGCUUAG